AAGUUAGGGCAGGAUGUUUGGGGGUGGAAAGAAGUACAAGAGGAGGGGCCGUAAACUCGAGCUAGGACAGGCCCGGAGGGGAACUGUUGUAGGUCUCCUGAGUUUCCCUUUUACAAACACCGAACUGAAAGGGUAACCCCAGCCUGAGGAGACCAUGCCAAGCGUAGUUGCCAAAGAGCCACAGAGCCCUACUAGUUUUUCUAGUUUCCCCCCAGUCUCAAGCACAAAGGCAAUUACGGAAGUGGCUGUGUGUGUGGAAGGAGAGGAGGAGAGAGAGGAAAGUUUAGGAGGGAGAGGACUGGGGGAAGGAAUGCAUACAUUUUAAUAGUUGAAAAUUAAAUGCAAAACACUAUUCAAAUGGAUCUCUUACUCCACCGUUGUUUUAGAGGGCAGCCGAAGAUCGAUGGGAAAAGGAAGCGACUGAUUUGUUAGGUUGGGACCUUUCAGAGUGGGAUUUCUAAGUCACGGAAUGACAUUCGGUUUGGGGAAAAAAAGGCUUCCAAGCGAUUUAGUCCCAGCCCGAACGCCUUUCGUCCUCCCCCGGCAGGGAGAUUCUUGGGCGUUAGCCUUAGACAAAGCAGGAUAAAGCAGAAACAAUUUCUGUGGUAAAGUGCUACAUAUAUGUCAGCAAUCUGCAGACAAUGAGGGGUGGGCUGGGGUGGGGCGUGAUGAGGGAAGGACGAGGGAAAAACGGAGCCCGGGAAAGAGAAGCUAGUAGCCCGGCGCCUCCCAGCCUCCGGGGGAGCAAGCCUCGGAAAAGAGCCGAGGGAACAACGCGGUUGAGGGCGGGAAGAUUUGCAGUUGGUAAAAGGGGAGGGGAGAAGGGCAGAAAUGGGGAGUGCAGGAAAGGCUGUAGGGUCAAGCCCAGCCCCUCCGAUCACGCCCCUCCCUCCUUCCCUCAGUCUCUUUCUUCCAGCACCCUCGGGGUAGAGCCGUAGACCGAGAGACUGAUCGAGCUCUGUCUCUGUGGGGCGCGCACGCCGACUGCUCGGGCCUGCAGCGUCUCCCUUCCUUCCUUCCGCUUUUGCGGGACCGCCCGACCAGGGAUGUCGUCCAGCCGCCAGCCCGUUCCCGAAGACGAGCUGAAAGGUAAAUAUAUUGCUUCAACCCAGCGACCGGACGGGACCUGGAGGAAGCAACGGAAAGUAAAAGAAGGUUACGUGCCUCAGGAGGAAGUUCCUGUGUAUGAAAACAAGUAUGUAAAGUUCUUCAAGAGUAAACCAGAACUACCUCCUGGGCUGAGCCUUGAGGCUGGGGUCCCAACCCCACCCCGUCUAGACAGUGGUGAGCCAGGCCUUUCUAAGACUGCCAAACGCAACCUGAAACGCAAGGAGAAGAGGCGGCAGCAGCAAGGGAAGGGGGCAGUAGAGGCCUUGAGCCGGACUCUGGAUAAAGUGUCAUUGAAGGAACCAGCGCAGCUGCCAAGUGUGCCCCCUGCUCCCCGUGCCACCCCUGCAACAAACCCUGACAAACCUGACACACUUUCCACCACUGAGAAAGCCAAGAAGAUAAAGAAUUUGAAGAAAAAACUUCGUCAGAUAGUGGAGCUGCAGCAGCGGAUCCAGAGUGGGGAGAUCAGUCAUCCCAGCAGAGAACAAUUAGAAAAACUGGCGAGGAGGGGGACCUUAGAAGAAGAGUUGGAGGACUUGGAGUUAGGCUUAUGAGGCUCCUCAUGGACUAGGAAUGUGGACUGUAGGACAAACCAUGAUGUUCCCUCUGAGGGGCCCGGGGACCGUGGUGGUGGCAGCAGUGGCAGCAGCCAGGAGGGACGUGUCCUGCUCUCUGCCCUCUUAUUCUUGCCCCGCUGUCUCUGGCCCAGCCUUUCCUUCCAGAGCCUCGCCUCUCCAUUAAUCCUCACCUUGAGCCCUUACUUUUCGGACUCUACCCUUCCCUUUCCCUGUGUCUGGAAUCUCAGUGACUGUCCCAGGUACCACUCUUCCUGGCUUGGGGUUUUUCUUUUCUUUUCUUUUCUUUUUUUUCUUUUUUUCUUUUUUUUUUUUUAAUCUGGGGGGCAUGGGAAGGAUGGGUCAGGUUCUCAGGAAGGGCUGAACUCUUAGGGUGGGGAUGGGGACUACAAACUCUUGGAUUUUUGGUUUCUGUUUAGUGUUUUGGGGUAAUUUCCAUUCUACCCCAUUCCUUUUUUCCUUUUUUUUUUUUUAAAUAAGAUAAUAAAUCCCAAGUAGAGAUGUC